AUGCGAUUCAGCCGGCCAACGGAGCGCGCAAAUUAUAAAGAAAUUCAUUGUAGAUGUCCGGACCUGAAUGCUGUAUACCUGCCGGGCAGCUCAGUUGUACACCAUUUCAUUUCUGCUACUGCUAACAGAAGUUUUCCCCAGCUGUACUCCUCUGACGAACCACACCAACAGAUUGAGGAAGGAACAACGGAAAGAUGCUCAUUCCCUGCAAUUACACAGCGGGAGGUAGAACCUGUUAUCAAUCAGUCAAAGAAAGGCAAGGCCCCAGGUCCAGACAACAUCACUAUGGACCUUCUCAAAGACGCUGACACCCUAGUCUUUAAGAAAUUGGUAAUCCUAAGGAUUUUCACUAGAGUGCUUACCAACAGAAUAACGAAAACUCUAGAUGAAAACCAACCACGUGAACAAGCAGGAUUCAGAAAGGGAUAUUCAACUAUAGAUCACCUUCACUCAGGCAACCAACUAAUAGAAAAAAGUGUAGAUAUACACAAAGUACUUGAAUCUAUUAAGAACCAAAAUGUAGAGCCUGUAUUCGCAGAUGAUUUUGUACUUGUAGCAAACAGUCUGCAAGAUCUCCAACAAAUGUUAAAUGAGCUGAGCAAUGAAAGUAAAAAAUUUAGGUUAAAGAUGAAUCUUAAAAACACCAAAUUAAUGCAUGCAAGGCAAAAGGACGAGAACUUUGAGGUAAAGAUGGAAAAUUAUUCCAUUCGAGUAGUUGACCAUUAUAUGUACCCAGGACAACGGGUAACAACAGACUCAUCAAAAGAACAGGAAAUAAAGAAAAGAAUCACGCUAGAAUGGCGAGCUUUCGGGAGAGCAAGUGCAGUCUUCAAGUCAGAAAAAUAG